AUUUCCUCGAUCUCUUUGUAGGCGAAUCCAAGGGAGUCAGUGGAUAGUACCAAGAGAUUGGAGGCAAGACAUAACUCUUUAACUGAUUUCAGAAGUUGCUUGAUACUGAGUUUGAAAAGGUCAAGGCUAGUUCAUCUUCAAGUCCACAGAAUCAUCCACCAAUAUUUCAGUUCCAGCAAGUUGUCUAGGAAAUGAAUUUUGAAGUGCAACACUUUGCUAGUCAAGGGCCACCUUCAUUGGUUGAUGAUAAUUUUGAAAAUGAAGACUAGGGGGCCUACUAGGGCUCUUCGAAUUCAUGGAUUGAUUGAAAACAAUCGUAAUUUCAUCUUAUUAAACACAAGAAACCAGCCUAUUGGUCCCACUGAUGAAGCUGUUAACAAUUUAAGCACUUUCUUGGGAACCUUGGCACGGAAUGCUAUGUUGGCUCCUCUUGUUUAUGUUGAUUGGCGAGCAAUGCCUCAAUCUAAUAAAAAUGACAUGUGGGAUCUAGUGAAGGCAAAGUUUGACAUUGAGGCACGUGCCAAAAAAUGGGUCCUAAGCACAAUAGCAACUGAUUGGAGGAAUUACAAAUGCCGAUUGAAGAGGAGUUUUUAUUCUAUAUAUAAAACAGAUGAUGUUCGGCUUAAAAAUUGUCCUGAAGGAGUCCCUUUUGAACAUUGGAAAGUGUUGGUUGCAUUUUGGAGUUCUAAGGAAGGAAAUGUAUGAUCUUGACUUCAAGUAUUAGUAGAAAUAAUUGUUACAACUAUUACGAACAAGUAUUUUAGUGAUAAUUAUAUUA